AUAAUAUAAUACGUAAUCUUCUAUAUUAAAUAUUAUAUAUUAUAUACUUAUUCUAUUUAUGAUUUAUGAUUCAAAGUUCCAAUACACAUUAGUACCAUGAUUCGUGGUGAUCACAAAAUAGUGAUGAUUGGUGAUAAAUGAUAACGAAUAAGAAUGAUUUAAUAUUUAUUUUUAUUAUUUAAUGCCUACAAUUAUAGUCAACAAUACCAUGUUACAAGUUAAAGUAGAACACAAGUUAUUGGACGUCAAGAAAUAUUAGUUGAAAUACCAAAUAUUUUGCUGCAAAUUGCCAUGAACAAGAUCGAUCAUAAUUUUUAUAUAAUAACAAUGUCUAUAUUUCAUUAAUAAUAUAUACAUUCCGUUGUUCCAUAAGUCUUGCUAACAYAACAGAUUMUCUGACAGAAUUUUUUGGCCCACAGUUUCUUCAGUUAKUUAGUUAUAUACAGUUAUUAUUUUCUAAAUUCAAACCGUCACCUACACAUUAUUACGAAAAUGGAUGAUUUAUUUGCAUUAUCCAAAACGGUGUGCAAAGGUGUUAUGGACAGUUUCAAAGGUAUUACUGUGCUGUUCUUCCAAAACAAGCGGUCAAAGAAAGUUAGCAGAUCAGUAACCUCACCAAAAGAUCAAAAAAUGUUACAACGAAUAAUUCAAUGUUGUACACUGAAUGGUGGCAUAUUUUGUUUGAGCAUAGUUAUUUUUGAAUAUGUUAUUCUACCUUCUUUAGGCUCUAUAAUGUCAAUUACAUUUGGAAAUUUUAAUGAAAACAUUUGGUUAUGGACCCGAUCACUGUUGUCAUGGACAUUUGGAGCUGUGUGGGUCUUACCAAUAUUUUUGCUCAGCAAAAUAAUUAAUAGUCUAUGGUUUCAAGAUAUCGCAGACAUAGCGUAUAAACAAAAAAAAGGUGAUCCACAACAGUUGACACGGAUUAGUAAAGUGAUAGCAGAUUUUUCAUUCAGUAUAGUUGUCCAGUUCUUAUUUCUCAUUCAAAGUUAUUUAGUAAGUAUGGUGCCAUCAACAGUCUUAAGCAAUAUUCUCAGUAUUUUGCAUUUAUCGUUACUUUAUUCACUCUACUCAUUUGAAUAUAAAUGGUGCAAUAUGGGUAUGGAGCUAAACUCAAGAUUAUCCAUUAUUGAAAACUGUUGGCCAUAUUUCCUUGGUUUUGGUCUUCCGCUAGCUGUUAUCACAUCWUUGCCAGAAUCAUAUAUUAUUAGUGGUUGUCUGUUUUCAAUUCUAUUUCCUGUAUUUAUAAUCAGUGCUAAUGAAGUCAGUCCAUCUAAAAUCCAAAUAUUUAGACUGAAACUAUUCGCACCAGUUCUAUCUAUAACUAGUACCAUAUUCAAUCGCUCCAUUGGUCCAGCAAUAAAAUCUUCAAUAAAUACUGCAUCUAAAGCUCAAAAAAUGCAUAAAUGAAUAGACAUAGUUAUGUUUAUAUAUAUAUAUAUAUAUAUAUAUAUGUUUAUACUUUUUUAAUUUACAAUUUUUGUGGAAACA